AUGAGUUCUCGUAUGCCAGACUGCACUACAAAGUGUCGAUCUCUACAGCAUGCUUUGGAUGUUAUUUCUGUGGUAACCAGAGGAAGUGAAGGCCAGAUUAAGGCCUUUCUCUCUUCUUACUGCUACAAUGCUGCAACUAUAAAGGAUGCCUUUGGUAGAAACGUUAUACAUCUUGCUUCAUCUUGUGGCAAAAAAGGUGUGCUGGAUUGGUUGGCUGAGACCAAAGGAGUAGAUCUCUUGGCGAAAGACAAAGAAUCUGGAUGGACAGCUUUGCACAGAAGUAUAUUUUAUGGAUACAUUGAUUGUGUUUUGUCAUUACUGAAGCAUGGUGUUAGUCUGUAUGUUCAGGAUAAAGAAGGCUUAUCAGCCCUGGAUCUUGUGAUGAAAGAUAGACCAAUCCAUGUGGUCUUCAAAAAAACCGAUCCCACGGAAGUCUACACCUGGGGAAACAAUAUAAAUUUUACUUUGGGCCAUGGUGGUCAGCAGGGUAAACAUCAUCCUGAAUUGGUGGACCUUUUUCCUCGGAAUGGCGUGUAUAUCAAACAGGUGGUACUCUGUGAAUUCCACUCUGUGUUCCUUUCCCACAAAGGUCAAGUUUAUACAUGUGGACAUGGACAAGGAGGACGCUUGGGACAUGGGGAUGAACAAACAUGCCUGGUUCCAAGACUCGUGGAAGGCUUAGCUGGCCAUCAGUGCUCCCAGAUAGCUGCAGCUAAGGAUCAUACUGUUGUUUUAACAGAAGAUGGAUAUGUUUACACAUUUGGUUUAAAUACUUUCCAUCAAUUGGGUAUUCUUCCUCCUCCUGAUAACUGCAGUGUUCCUAGACAGGUUCAGGCAAAAAACCUGAAAGGUAGAAUGGUGAUUGGAGUGGCUGCAGGCAGAUUCCAUACAGUGCUAUGGACUAAGGAAGCAGUGUAUACCAUGGGGCUGAAUGGCGGCCAACUAGGUUAUCUGCUGGAUCCUAAUGGAGAAAAAUGUGUAACUACACCUCGCCAAGUUUCUGCUCUACAUCAUAAAGAUAUCUCUGUGUCCUUGGUCUCUGCAAGUGAUGGCGCUACAGUAUGCGUUACUGAAAGAGGAGAUAUUUAUUUACUUGCAGACUAUCAGUGCAAGAAGAUGGCUUCGAAACAGCUGAACCUUAAAAAAGUUCUUGUUAAUGAGGAAUAUUUGGAAUAUAAGGUAGAUACCCAGCAUCUUCAAGAAAAUGGGGGUCAGAAGAUUUGCGUUCUAGCACUGGAUGAAGCUGGAAGAGUGUUUUGCUGGAAGUCAUCUAGCAACUCCAUGAAGCAGUGUCGUUGGGUGUAUGGCCGGCAAGUCUUCAUGUCCGAUGUUGCUUUAAAUAGAAACGAAAUAAUGUUUGUCACACAGGAUGGUGAAGCCUUUACAGGGAAGUGGCUGGAAGAAGGGAAAAAAAUCUCAGAAAAGAAAGAACUGGUAUCAAGCCUUCAGAAUUCUUCAUGUGAUAUCUCUUGUGAACAUGAUACAAACAGUGUGUACGAAAGAAUUCGACUUCAGAAGCUUGCUUUUGUCCACCGAGCUGUUAGUAUUGCCACUGAUCCUAAUGGUUGCAAUUUUGCUGUUCUACAGUCAGAUCCUAAAACAAGUCUCUAUGAAAUUCCGAGUGUGUCAUUAUCAAGUUUUGGAGAGGAUUUUGGCAAACUGUUAAAUGAAACAGAUGAAAUGGACAGCAUCCAUGAUGUGACUUUUCAAAUUGGCACAAGAACUUACCCAGUGCACAAAUACAUCUUGUCUGUACGCUCUGACUUCUUCAGGAAGCUCUUUGUUUCCAGUGGCAACCAGCUAGACACUCCAGACGUCUACCGUAAAGAUGAAGAUGCUGUUGGCUGUGAUCUUUAUGUAAUAGAGAAAGUUCAUCCAGAUCUGUUUGCAUACCUUCUGCAGUUCAUAUACACUGAUACUUGCGAUCUUUUGACUCAUGGUUAUAAACCAAAAAUCCUGCUUAAAGGAAAAUCGGAAGAAUAUCAAGAGACUUUAAUUUCUAACCUGAGCAAAAUGAGUUUUGAAGAAAAUGUUAAUGAAAAGUCUGCAUUUGAGAUUUAUAGAAAUAAUCAAGCACAAGUUAUAAAUGAAAAACAGAGGAGCAAAUCUAAAAAAGGCAAAGUUGUUGGUGAAGAAGCUAACCUCAUAAAAAUGUUGCAAAGUGCUGCAAAGAAGUUCGGACUCAGCAGUUUAAGUGAAAGGUUGGGUGGAGUCAGGUUAGAAAAUGGAAAAAUUAAUGUCAACAAGAAGAAUGGAAACAAGCCAAAGUUAAAUCAGAAGAAAUGUUCGUACCUCUCCGAUGUGACCCUGAAAUCUUUAGAUGGAAAGGAAUUCCCGUGUCAUAAGUGUGUACUUUGUGCAAGACUUGAUUAUUUUCACAGCAUGUUAAGCAGCUCAUGGAUUGAGGCUUCCUGUUGUUCAGCUCUGGAAAUGCCCAUCCAUUCUGACAUACUACAGAUUGUUGUAGAUUACCUGUAUACAGAUGAAGCUCUUGCGAUAAAAGAUUCUCAAAAUGUGGAAUUCAUAUGUAAUGUUCUUGUGGUAGCAGACCAACUGCUUAUAUCCAGACUCAAAGAAAUCUGUGAAGUAGCCAUUGCUGAAAAACUGACUUUAAAGAAUGCUGCAGAGCUGCUGGAGUUCUCAGCAAUGUAUCGUGCUGAACAGCUAAAACUGUCCUGCUUGCAGUUCAUCGGACUCAAUAUGGCAGCUUUGCUUGAAGCAAGGACUCUGGAUGUCUUAAGCGAUGAAGUUGUAAAGGAUCUUUCUGUUUAUUACAGGAAAAUGAUUCCAGCUAUGGUCAGGAGAGUAAUUACUCCAUAUCUAGAUGGACCUGACAUAAGUUCUUUUGAGCCUGAAGAUGGGGAGAACUUUGUGUUUUUAAGGGAAGAGAUGAAUACAGAACAAAAUUCUCAGGAAGCCCUUUUCAAAAGAGCAAAAACUAAGGCAAAAAAGAAGCCACGAAAACGGUCCGACAGCUCUGGAGGAUAUAAUCUGUCAGAUAUUAUUCAGAGUCCAGCCUCUACAGGCUCAGUAAAGAUGGAUAAAACUAACUCUGUAGAAUCACUUCCAGAACUCCUAACAUCUGACUCUGAAGGUAGUUAUGCAGGAGUGGGUAGCCCCAGAGACUUGCAGUCACCUGACUUCACAAAAGGAUUUCAUUCAGAGAGGACUGAGAUGAAGGACAAAGCAUUCAGUCAGAGUACGAAACCCCCUCAACCUAACAAGGAGAUGAAGUCAUACAAGGGAUCAUCAGCAUUGACACAGUCUGCUCCGCAGUCUAUUCCCAGUGCCAAAAACAACUUUGCAAGCUGUCCCAAUUGGGUAGCAUCCAGUUUCAGCCUUGCCAGCCCUCCUGCUAUGGAUCUAAGAACCAUCAUGGAAAUUGAAGAAAGUAUGCAGAAAUGUGGAACCAUGCCAAAGGCAAAUUCAGGCAGAAUGGUGUCUCAUGGAAUCAAGCUUUCUCAGAAGCAAAGGAAAAUGAUUGCCCUGGCAGCAAAAGAUAAUGGAUCAGUAACUAGCAGCACGGAGCCUACUACGCUAAUAACCACACCACCCCCACCUACAAAAGUUGCAAAACUAGGGAAUGCAUGGUCAUCUUCAUUAUAUUCUGCUUUGCCAAAGUCAUUCCGUGAUCUUGUAAUGGAAGAAGAAAAAUGUAUGAAUGCAAAUAAUUCACUUGGUACUGGUAUAAAAAGAGCUGGAUGUAAAGGAACUGAGGAUUCAUCAGUCCAAAACACCAUAAGGUGCAGCACUAGAAGUAGCCCAGGUCUGGAAGACAAUGUUCUGGAAUCUCCACAGCUGGAGAGUCAUAAUCCUUGGUUAGCAGCAUCACCGACUAGCUCUCCUGUGAUAGCACCUGUCAUGUUUUCAGCUAUUGUAGAGGAAGAGCUCCAGCAAGAAGCUGCACUUAUUAGGAGCAGAGAAAAACCUUUGGCUUUGAUCCAGAUUGAGGAGUGUGCUAUUCAAGAUUUAUUAAUCCACUAUGAAGCUUUUGACAACCCUGAUGAAUUUGUGACUGUUGAAAGGGCUCCGCAGGGACCUAUUGCAGCACCCAUGUGGAACAAGCACUAAUUCAUACUCUUCACAGUCCGUGUUGUGUGUGCACUUCUGAAGUUCUAAUUCAUUUUACAAGCAAAACGGGACUGGAAGAACAGGAAUCAUGUAAUUUUUAACAUCAGCAUUCAAACACUGCACAUAAUCACUAAGUAUUUCUUAGAGAGAAUGGAAAUACUGUGU